CUAAUGGAUCCCUGCAGGCUGUCCAGAUGCAGCUGGGCGCCGGUGACCGGGCUGGCGAUCUGCCUGCUCGUGUGCGCCUGCGUCGUGGACCUGGUGCUGGCUCAGAUCCGCUACUCCCUCCCCGAGGAGCUGGAGCACGGAGCCUUCGUGGGCAACAUCGCGGAGGACCUGGGCUUGGAUGUGGCCAAAUUGUCCGCGCGUCGCUUCCGACUCGUGUCCGGAGCCAAAAAGCAAUAUCUCGAAGUGAACUUGGAGAACGGGAUUUUGUUCGUCAACGAAAAGAUCGACCGAGAGGAGCUUUGUGAGCGCAGCCCGAGCUGUUUUCUGCACCUCCAAGUUGUCAUCGAAAACCCCUUAGAGCUGUACAGAGUGGAAGUGGAGAUUUUAGACGUGAACGACAACUCCCCCGCUUUCCCUUGGAGCGAAUUCAACCUCGACGUCACCGAGUCGGCAGCGCCCGGCUCCCGCUUUCCGCUGGAGAGCGCGCAAGACCCGGACGUGGGCAGCAAUGCUCUGCGCUCCUACCAGCUGGGCGCAAACGAGCACUUCCUUCUCAACGUCCAGACGCGCAACGACGGCAGCAAGUUCGCCGAGCUGGUGCUCGACGAGCCUUUGGACCGGGAGCGGCAGAAGAAGCACCGGAUGGUUCUGAGCGCUUUUGACGGGGGGUCGCCGGAACGCUCCGGAACCGCCGUCGUCACCGUCACGGUGCUCGACGCCAACGACAACGUCCCCGUCUUCGAUCGCGGCGUGUACCGGGCCAGACUGGUGGAGAACGCGCCGAGGGGGACGCCGGUGCUCAAACUGAACGCCACCGACUCGGACGAGGGCUCCAACGGGGAGGUGACCUACGCCUUCAGCGGACACGCGCCUCUGAAAGUGCGCGAGCUGUUCAGCGUGGACCCGUACACGGGGGAGAUCCGCGUCAAGGGCGUCGUGGACUACGAGAAAGCCAACGUGUACGAGCUGUACGUGCAGGCGAGGGACCGGGGCCCCUCGGCCGUGGCCGUGCACAGCAAAGUGCUGGUGGACGUCGUGGACGUCAACGACAACAGCCCCGAAGUCAUCCUCACGUCCGUGUCCACGCCGGUGCAGGAGGACGCGCCGCCGGGCACCGUCAUCGCCGUCAUCAGCGUCACGGACCGGGACUCGGCCGAGAACGGGAACGUGGACUGUCAAAUCCCCAGCGACGUGCCCUUCCAGCUGCACUCGUCCUUCACGAACUACUACACGCUGGUGACCAGCGAGCCGCUGGACAGGGAGGCGGUGUCCGAGUACAACAUCACGCUGACGGCGCGCGACUCGGGCUCCCCGCCGCUGUCCACCAGGAAAACCGUCCCGGUGCAAGUGUCUGACACCAACGACAACCCGCCGCGGUUUUCCCAGCCCUCCUUCACCGUCUACGUGACCGAGAAUAACGCCCCGGGCGCUUCCAUUUGCACCGUGACCGCCUUCGACCCCGACUCCGACCAGAACGCCUAUCUGUCUUACUCGAUCGUCGAGGGUCAAAUCCAGGGCAUGCCCGUGUCCACGUACGUGUCCGUGAACUCGGACAACGGCAACAUUUACGCACUGCGAUCCUUCGACUACGAGCAACUUCGCAACUUUCAGAUUGUGGUGCGCGCUCAGGACGCCGGUUUCCCCCCGCUGGCCAACAACGUGAGCGUCAACGUUUUCGUUUUGGACCAGAACGACAACGCGCCGAUUAUCGUGUCCCCGCUGCCGAGAAACGGCAGCGUGGCCACGGAGGCGGUGCCGCGCUCCGCGGAUGCCGGUUACCUGGUCAGCAAAGUCACGGCGCUGGACGCGGACGCGGGGCAAAACUCGCGGCUGUCCUACCAGGUGGUGCAGGCCACGGAUCCCGGACUGUUCAGCGUGGCGCUGUACACGGGCGAAAUCAGGAGUUUGCGCCGACUGGCGGACAAAGACGCGUCCAGACACAGACUGGUGAUACUGGUGAAGGACAACGGGCAGCCUCCCCUCUCCGCCACCGUCUCCGUUGUGCUGACGCUGGUGGACAGCGCGCCCGAGUCCUUAUCCGACCACGGGGACCUGACGCUCAGCCCUCAGCCCCCCUCCAACCUCGCCCUCUACUUGAUCGUGUCUCUCAGCACCGUGUCGCUCAUCUUCCUCGCGGCCAUCAUCGUCCUGGCCGCGGUCAAGUGCUACAAGGACCGGGAGACCCCGAGCGGCUACAACCUGCCCCCCUUGGCGCGCUGCUGCUGCGGCGGCUUCCAGCCCGAGCCCCCCCCGGAGGUCUUCAAAAAAUCCAACCUCAACCUGCAGAUUUCCUCCGCAGCCAACAAAGUGCCCACCAACUGCGUGGAGGUCAACGGAAGCGGCGGCCUGACGCAGCCUUAUUGUUACAAAGUGUGCUUGACCCCGGAGUCGUCCAAAAGUGACUUCAUGUUCUUGAAGCCGUGCAGCCCGGCGAGCACGCCGCGCAACAACGAGGCGAAGAGCGCGGAGCACGCGUGGGGCGCGUCUGUCAACAACGGAGCCCCUAACCCCCCGAAUGAGCUGAAGCAGCCAAACACAGAUUGGACCCUCACAAAGAAUCAGAAUUCUUCCAUCAAAAGUUACAAUUCGAUCAACAUGGAUGGAACGCUAACGCGGAAGGCCAUGCACGCCGACCCGGAAAACUACGUCACGUCCGCGGCGCCCGGACAGUACUGGACGUGGGGCACUCGCACGAGGGCCGCGAAGGACUAUAAGAUGUCUCCGUCGCCCGGUGGUGUUACCUCCCGGCCGUGGACUCCUCGGCGCACCCCUCCGCCCCAGCGGCAGCAGCAACCUACGAACCCCCCGCGGCCGCAUCCGCAUCCGCAUCCGCAUCCGCAGCCGCAGCCGCCGCCUGACUACCACCACAACGUCUACAUCCCCGGGACGCCGUCGGGCUUCUGCACCCUGAGGCCCGCGGCACAGCGCAGUGACUUGGACGUCCGUAACUCUUUCUCCACCUUUGGCAAGAAGCGGCGUCUCCAGAUGUCCCCCCAGGGGGAGGCCGCCAUGAUCAAUAACGACCUGUACAAUGACUGACGUCCCACGGGCUGCCCGAGCGGCUGAUCGGAGCGAUGGAUCACCCGAGAUGAGGCUCGUCUGUCAAACGAACGGCUCGUGAGUGGCGUGAUAUGCGAGCGCAAUGCGAGUUCAGGACAAGGACAAAUCGUGAGCGAACAUCUUGAAUGCUGAAGGGAAGUGGAUUUUUGUGCUUAUUUAUGUGACGACCUGUCUCGAUGUCUGUUUUAAUUUACUCUUAUUAUUGCUGUUAAUUUUUAGACAAUCAAACAGGAGGUGCAGAUGUGACUUCCAAAUUAGAGAAUAUGAUAAGCGUCAGUCGGCAAUUGCUUUGCACAUCUUGAUGUAUGGAUUCAUAUCGUUGGGUUUUAAGAAUAUAGAAAGUGUUUUUUUUUUUUUUUGUAUGUAUGUUCAUCUGCUAACACGUGACACACAAACAUCAAAAGAUGAGGAAGACUCCUCACACAUGUACUGUAAAUACAUUUAA